AUGUAUGCCAAUGCAAUUGAUGCCAUUUUGUCUAAUUUGAGAGAAUUUCAUGAAUUAUUUCAAUUUUGUGAAUAUAAUAAGCGGCUUAAAGAUUUGGAGAUUCAAAAGCCUUACCAAAAUUAUUUUAAGCUUCAAAAUCGAGGGCCAACAUUAAAGCAAAUUUACUUCACAACUCAACGAUGUCAAGAGCAUUGUUUGUUGAUUUUGCUUCCUGUGGAACGGAAAUCUCAACUCUCUCGUCAAUUGUCGAAAGCUUUACAUGAAAUUAAAAAGAAAGAAAGAAAACUUUUUUAUGUUACGCAAUGCUGA